AUGGAGGUCUACCUGUGGUCUAGGAAAUCUGAAGUCACUUACGACACCAAACUCGAGGCUAACCAGCCUGUCGAGGAAUCUGAGUACAACUUGGCUAAUAAGCACGAUCAGCUCGCCCGUGGUCUCAAGAGCCGACACAUCCAGUUCCUUGCCCUCGGAGGCGCCAUCGGUACCGGUCUCUUCGUCGGCUCUGGUGGCAUUCUCUCCAGCUCUGGCCCUGCUUCGCUCUUCUUGGCCUACCUGUCAAUGACGGUGGUCGUAUGGAACGUCAUGAACAACCUUGCUGAGAUGGUCGUAUACCUCCCUAUGCGGGGCAUUACGGUCCCCUACUUUGUCGGUCGAUUCGUGGAUCCGAGUCUUGCUUUCGCCGUCGGCUGGAACUACUGGUACGCAUACGCCAUGCUCAUCGGAGCCGAGGCCACGGCCGCCGGCAUUAUCAUUGACUACUGGAAUUUACCUGUCAACAUCGCUGUGUGGAUCUCGGUGGUCCUUGUCGUCAUGCUCCUUCUCAACAUUGUUGCCGUGAGUUUCUUUGGUGAGGCCGAGUUCUGGUUUGCCAGUAUCAAGCUUAUCACCAUCUGCGGUCUCAUCAUCCUCGGUAUCGUCAUCUUCUUCGGCGGCGCCCCCAACCAGGACGGCGUACUAGGAUUCCACUACUGGAAAACCAGCGGCGCAUUUCUGGAGUACAAGGCCCAGGGCAGUCUCGGUCGGUUCCUCGGAUACUGGCAUGCCUUUAUCUCCGCUGGAUUUGCUUUCAUUACCUCGCCCGAACUCAUUGCCAUUGCUGCUGGUGAGACCAUCGAUCCCCGCCGCAAUAUUCCCAAGGCCGCCCGUCGCUUUGUCUGGCGUUUGGCCGUGUUCUACGGCUUCUCCUCGCUUCUCAUCGGUGUUCUUGUUCCUUCGGAUGACAAGAACCUUCUCGGCGCAUCCAACGCUAGCGCAUCCCCGUUCGUCAUUGGAAUCCAGCGAGUCGGUAUCCCCGCACUCAACCACAUCAUCAACGGCGCCGUCCUUACGUCUGCCUGGUCGGCCGGCAACUCGUUCCUCUACUCCGGCAGCAGAGUCCUGUACUCUAUGGCUCUCAACGGUCAGGCUCCUAAGUACUUCGGCAUCACCAACCGCAGAGGCGUUCCUUAUGUUGCGGUCCUGUUCACAUGGAGCUUCGGUAUGCUGGCUUUCCUUAACGUGUCCAACACGGGCGCCACCGUCUUCAACUGGUUCGUCAGCAUUUCGACAAUCUCUGGAUUUGUCGCCUGGAUCGUUGUCAUGAUCACCUAUCUGCGCUUCCGUCGCGCCAUGGAGUACAACAACCUCAUGGACGUUCUCCCUUACAGGACAUCGUUGCAGCCUUAUGCCACCUACUUCACGCUGGCGAUCGUCUCGUUGCUUACCAUCACCAGUGGCUUCCAGACAUUCAUCCCUUUCAAGGCCCAAGACUUCAUUGCUGCCUAUAUCACGAUCCCUGUCUUCUUGGCCUUCUACCUCGGCCACAAGUUCUACCACCGCACACCGUGGUACAUUCCUGUCGAACAGAUUGAUGCCAUCAGCGGGAAGAAGGAGAUGGACGAGCUGGAAGCCAUGGGAGAGGAGCGUGUGCCCAAGAACUGGCUGCAGAAGGCCUGGUUCUGGUUGGCUUAA